GUUCGAAUACUUGUAAAUCAUAUUAUGAUAAGGUAAAAGAAUUCGUGUACAAUUUUACAAAGAUCAUGCAAGUAAUAUUAUUGAUAGGUUUUAUUCUUAUUUUCAGUUUAGACGACACACAUGGAAGUAGCAAAUGCUACAAGUCCAGGAUCUGUAUCCACACAAAUAAAGAAAAAUGCGGAAAGAACAGAGACGGAGAAGUCAGGCGAUUCUUAGACUCUUGUGACAUGAAGGAAUUUAACUGCCUGGAAGAUACUAAUUACGUUCCAACAAAUUAUGAAGAAUGUGAGGAUUUACCUGAACUAGAUGCACCUGAAUCACAGCCUGAAAGGACCAAGGCAAACGAGCCUGAGGAAUCCGAUGAAGUCAGUGAAUCUGAAUAUAACAAGCCAGACGAAUAUAAAAGCAAAACAGAGAAGCAAGAUGAAAGUUCUCUAGGAUCUGCAGAGUCAUUGACACCGUUAUCUGAUGUAUUAGUCAACGGACCAGAAGAGUACGAAGGGGUUACUGAGGAUGAUGUUGAAACUGAAAAGAUAGGUGGAGACGGUGUUGAAGAGGCAUUAUAUGAAGUAAAAGAACUGAAUAAUCGUUUGGUAAAGACACCCACUGUCGAGGGGUACAAAUACGAUAGAAAUAAAAACUUUGGAAAUAACAAUGAAAACAAUAGGGAUGUGAGCGGAAAUAGGAAAGUCGUGAGUGGCGAGGAAUCAGGAAUAGAAAACGCCGAAUAGUUUUUCGAUAAACCGUUUUUCGUAAUCAGGGUUCGAGCCAAUUGAAUCGAUGAUAUUACAAUAUAUAAGGAUUAAAAUUAAAAAU